AUGGAUCCCAACCAAAAUACCCCUCCAAACUACCGAAAUCGCAAACCCGAUAACGCUUUUGCGUUAGACACAACACCUCGACAAUUCCCGACGAUGGAGUCACCUCAAGGCGGUUUUAUCAAUCUACUUCAAAGUGGUUCCCCUAUCCAACAAACACCACUUUUCCAACAACAAUAUCAACCUUUUCCGGCUUUCCAACAACAACAAAUCUCACAACCACCACUUUCGCCGGAUUUUGUUCCGGAAACGCAACCUUCACCACCACCUCAACCAAAAAAGAAAAAAGGAAAAAAACCGGCCCGACCCACUACCAACCAAGAAAGGGUCCCAUGGACAAAAGAAGAAGAAGAAAAGUUAGCGGAGGCAUGGGUGGCGGCUUCCGAAGAUCCAAUUGUAGGAGAUAGCCAGACGUACGGAAGUUUUUGGGAAAAAGUCCGAGCCAUUUUUUACGACUUAAUGGAAAGUCAAGCUCGAAAUGCCGAUCAAAUUACGUCGAAAUGGCGAGAUAUUCGAUUAAAAUGCACCGAUUUUGGAGGAAUCUACAACAAUCUCCUAAACAUACGCAAAAUAAACAUACGCAAAAGCGGCUCGAACGAUAAUGUUUUCAAGGCGGCCAUGGACCAAUAUGAAAAAACAACGCCUACACGCAAAGCUUUUCCGUAUAUGAAGCCGUGGCUAAAAUUGAAAGACUCCCCAAAAUGGAAAGAGCAAACGGAAGGAAGUUCCCAAUCUUCCGGUUCAAAGCGUUCGAGAAACCCCGAUGGAGCUUCUCAACAAUCGGACGGCCGAACACACAUCGACAUCAACGACGAUCCGAUAGAUCUUGAAACCGACCAACCUCUUCCUCGGCCCGUUGGAAGAAAUAAAGCAAAAAAAGCGGCGUCAACAUCUUCGAAUUCUAGUGUUAUGGAUAUGUUCGGCGAUAAAUUUGAUCGAUAUGUGCAGCUUCAGGAAACGAAGGCCGAGGUGAUGACUCGGAUGGAACAAAAAAUGAUCGAAGCACAAACAUCAUUUCAAGAGGCACAAGAGACACUCCAAACAAAAACCGAUAUGGAAAUCUUGAAAAUGAAAGCGGACGACCUUGAGGGCGAAGACUUGGAACUUUUUCUAGCAAUGAAAGAGUCGGUUCGAGCCCGACGUAGGCGUAGGGGAUAG